CAAUGUAUACACACACACAUAUAUAUAUUCCAUUGCCUGGCACUGUGGUAUGUCAAUAAAAAAUUAAAUUAUUGUACAUUGGAUCACAGUUUAAAUAAACUGUCCUUGAAAUGUGCAUUUUUUUACCAAAUGGCUCUUCUCAAAUGUGUGAGCGUGAACCCAGGUAAUGUUUUGGUUGUCCAUCUUUAUGACGUAAACUCCGCGAAAGCUUUUUGUCAACACUGAGCAGAUACACAAGCUGGGCGACUACAGGGGAUGUUGUGAUCUGCUGUAUGCUGCACCGUCCGUGUCACUUAGUAAAUGUUUUAGCAGAUUCUAAGAAGCUUAUUCUACAACAUCGAUGGCCAAACAUGCGGUACUUUCGUCGGGAACACAUUUGUGGAGAUCGCUGGCGUGUGCUAAGUCCGAGCUGCGUCUGGACUUGACGCUCGCCUGCGGACAGUCUUUCCGCUGGAGAGAGACGGCGGAAGGCCACUGGACCGGGGUGAUGAGGGGACGAGUGUGGACCCUGACCCAAACAGAUGACACUCUGUGGUACCACGUGUAUGACGAAAGGAAAUGUGGCACGAGGAAGAGAACCGGCGACUCUUCGGAACAAAAACUCAAAGAGUUCGUGAAGGAGGAGGAGGAUGGAGAGGAAGAAGAACAGCUGAGAGACUACUUCCAGUUGAAUGUGAAGCUGGAGACACUGUACACUGAGUGGGGAGCAGCAGACCCCCACUUCAAGAAGAUUGCUAAUAUCUUUACAGGUGUGAGGCUGCUGCGGCAGGAGCCCACUGAAUGUCUGUUCUCCUUCAUCUGCACCUCCAACAACCACAUCUCUCGAAUCACGGGCAUGGUGGAGCGGCUGUGCCAGGCUCUGGGCGCCCCGCUGGACCAGCUGGACCGGACCACCUACUAUGACUUCCCUUCACUGAGCGCUCUGGCAGACGGCAGCGUAGAGACCCGGCUCAGGGACCUCGGGUUUGGAUACAGGGCUCAGUUCCUGCAGCAGAGCGCCAAGAAAAUUCUGGACUCCUACGGAACCCAGUGGCUGGAGGGAUUGCGCAACGUCCCGUACCUGGAGGCCCACGAUGCUCUGCGUACUCUUCCUGGUGUUGGCACCAAGGUGGCAGACUGCGUCUGUCUGAUGUCACUGGACAAAGCCGAGGCCGUGCCUGUCGACACGCACGUGUGGCAGAUUGCCAAGCGUGACUACCAGUUUGCCUCCAGUGGCCGACAGAAGAGCAUCACGGACAAACUCCACAGAGACAUCGGUCAUUUUUUCAGAAACCUCUGGGGUCCGUACGCUGGUUGGACACAGUCGGUGUUGUUCUGCGCUGACCUCAAGAAGUUUCAGCAGCUGAAGGAAACACAGAGUGUGGAGCAGCCGAGGAACCAGGAGGAACGUGUGGAGGAAGAGAGCGACGCAGCCAAGAGUGAGAGUAAAGAACGGUCGAAGCCAAAGAAAUCAAACCUGUGUAGUGAGAAAACUACGACAUAUGUGAAGAAGAGGAGGAUGUAAAUUUAUAUUUUUUUUAUAUUUUUUUUAAGUUUCUGGAUAUUUAAAAAUACAUCUAAUAUUUAUACCUGUUAUUUUCUGUGUCAACGUUUUCAGGUGAUGGAUUUUUAUUACAUUUUCUAAUUGAAUAACACACUCAUUAACCUGGAUAUUGUAGAAAGAUUGUCAUGUUUUUAUAUUUUCUAACCUUUCUGAACUCAUCUUUACUUCAGUAAGUUAAAACUGUAUAAACAUAAAAGAUAAAUACCAUUUUUAAAAAAUCCUAUAAAAGUGUGAACUCUAUUUUUGGUUUAAACCGUCGGUGUUGCCUUGUUAUUUUGAUGUGGUCCAUAUCGGUCAGAAGGUGGCAGUAUGGAGUCUUAAACCCAUCCUGUGGCUCCACAGUCAAGUGUUCUGAACCAAUGACGAUGUGUGUUUGAGACAAGCGCAUGAUUGGUUGAAAACUAGGAAGUGGGCGGGUCUACGGCUGUGACGAAGGUGAGAGAUUUUUGAUUUUUGU